AGUUUAGGCGCGAUUUUCAAUGAGCUCACAACUCAAAAAAUAAAAAACAAAGAAAAAAAAACAAUACAGUUUAACAUUUAAUGUUUGACACAACUGUAAAUAUUAUUGAAACUCAUUAAUCAUGGUUCAAUUCCAAAUGAAUUCCGGGGCCGGUGGCGGCGGUGAACAUAUUCACAUGGUAACCUUGGAUAAAACGGGCAAGAAAUCAUUUGGCAUUUGUAUUGUGCGUGGCGAGGUUAAGGACUCGCCGAAUACGAAAACAACGGGAAUAUUUAUAAAGGGCAUUGUACCCGAUAGUCCUGCGCAUCUCUGUGCUAAACUGAAGGUUGGCGAUCGCAUUUUAUCGCUGAAUGGGAAGGAUGUGCGAAAUGCCACCGAACAGGCAGUCAUCGAUCUAAUCAAGGAUGCGGACUUUAAGAUCGAGCUGGAAAUACAAACGUUCGACAAGAGCGAUGAGGGCAACAAACAGAACGAUCCACGCAGCAAUGGUUACAUGCAGGCCAAAAAUAAGUUCAACCAAGAACCAACAUCUGGUAACACUAGCACGGCCGCCAUGGCCAGGCAGCCGACAAUGCGAAAUGAACCCAAACGCAGCAAUGCUACCUUCUCGGCAUCCCAAAAGGUCAAGCACGUACCCACCGCCCAUGUGGACGAGGACGAUGAGGAUACGCGUGACAUGACCGGUCGCAUUCGCACCGAGGCGGGCUAUGAGAUUGAUCGCGCUUCGGCAGGUAACUGCAAGUUGAACAAGCAGGAGAAGGACCGCAACAAGGAGCAGGAGGAUGAGUUUGGAUAUACGAUGGCGAAGAUCAACAAACGCUAUAACAUGAUGAAGGAUCUGCGCCGCAUCGAACUGCAGCGUACGGGCAACAUGCCGCUGGGUCUUGCUCUUGCCGGCCACAAGGAUCGACAGAAGAUGGCCUGCUUUGUGGCCGGCGUCGAUCCCAAUGGGUUGCUGGCCGGUGUGGAUAUGAAACCGGGCGAUGAGAUUGUCGAACUCAAUGGCAAUGUGCUAAAGAAUCGCUGCCAUUUGAACGCCACCGCCGUGUUCAAGAAUGUCGAGGGGGAGAAGCUCGUCAUGAUUACGUCACGACGCAAACCCAACGACGAGGGCAUGUGUGUGAAGCCCAUCAAAAAGUUCCCAGCAUCUACGGAUGAGACCAAGUUCAUUUUCGAUCAGUUUCCCAAGGCGCGCUCGGUGCAGGUGCGCAAGGAGGGCUUCCUGGGCAUAAUGGUCAUCUAUGGCAAGCACGUGGAGGUGGGCAAUGGCAUCUUUGUCUCCGAUUUGCGUGAGGGCUCCAAUGCAGAAGCGGCGGGCAUCAAAGUUGGAGACAUGCUGCUGGCAAUUAACCAGGAUGUUACACUAGAUUCCAACUACGACGAGGCAACCGGACUAAUCAAGCGCGCCGAGGGCGUUGUGACCAUGAUUCUGCUCACGCUCAAGAGCGAGGAGUCCUUAAAGGCCGAGAAAGAAGUCGAGGAAAAGAAGAAGGAAGAGGUCAAAAAGGAGGAGGAGAAACCACAGGAUCCAUCAGUUGCCGAAAUAAAGCCAAACAAAAAGAUAAUCAUUGAGGUCAAAGUGGAGAAGAAGCCGUUGGGCGUCAUUGUGUGCGGCGGCAAGAACAAUCAUGUCACUACUGGUUGUGUCAUCACACACAUUUAUCCCGAGGGCGUCUUUGCAACCGACAAUCGGCUGAAGAUCUUCGAUCACAUUUGCGACAUUAAUGGCAGGCCAGUGCACUGCGAGAGUUUGACCACGCUGAAGGUGCACCAGUUGUUCCACUCGACCUAUGACAAGAAUGUCAACUUUACCGUUUACCGAGCCGAUCCACCCGAGCUGGAGAAGAUCAACGUCGAUUUUAUGAAGAAGAGCGGCAAAGAGCUGGGCUUAUCGCUGUCGCCCAACGAACGCGGCUGCACCAUCUCCGACAUUAUUCAAGGACAAUAUCCGGAGAUUGAUAGCCGGCUGCAGCGCGGCGAUAUUAUAACGAAAUUAAAUGGCGAUGCGUUGGAGGGUCUCACGUUCCAGGUGUGCUAUGCGCUGUUCAAGGGCGCCACCGGCAAGAUCUCGAUGGAGGUGACACGGCCGAAGCCCACCUUGCGCACCGAGGCACCCAAGUAACGAGCAUAAACCGAAGUAAUAACAAUAAUAAAUAACAAAUGAACAAAACCAA